AUGACAAUGGUAGGCGGAAAGGUCUGUUAUGCUGCCACUGGUACAAAAUCCACAAGCCAAUGUUACAUAUGUGGUGCAACCUCCAAGGACUUUUACCAUUUAGAUUUUAAAAACGAGAUUAAUUAUGAGUUUGGGCUUUUAGUUCUACAUGCAAGGAUUCGUCUUUUUGAAAGCAUUCUUCACUUGGCUUAUAAAUUGCCAGUGAAAAAAAAAAACAGAAAGAGAAAAACAGAAACUCAAAAAAAUAUUGAUAAAGAAAGAGAAUUGGAAAUCCAGAAAAGAUUUCAAAAUGAAACUGGUUUGUUAGUGGAUAUAUCAAAGGCAAAUUUUGGCAACACAAAUGAUGGAAAGACGAGCCGAAGAUUUUUUGAACACCUGAAAGUGGCUUCCAAAAUAACGGGCAUUAGUGAUGACCUAAUUUAUAAAUUAAAGGUUAAACUAGAAAUAAUUCGAGCGGACAUAUAA